AAAUAUGGAGCAGGCUGAGAACAAACAUGAUUGAGUUUUGGCUUGAGAUCGGCCGGAGUUUCUUCGUCGUCAAGCAUUCUCUUUUUCUCUUUUUUCCCUCAGUCCGUACAUUGUACUCCAGUGAUGCUCCAUCCUCGCUACUUGAAAACCCGACUGUCCUGCGUGCUUUUACUCGCUUUGAACACCACAGCUCCGUCUUUUCCGAUUUAUAUAAACUCACAGUCAUUGGCAGAGAUGUUUGCUUGUCGGGAGCCGACGAUGACCCUGUGGAUUUUUCUUUACUUUUUUGGCUCACCCGUUUGGAGAAUCCUUUGCGGAAGUUCUUUUUCUCUCUCAAACACCAUUUCUCCCGAGCAGCAAAUAAGAAUGGAAAGAAAAACAAGUUCUCGUUUAAUGGUCCCCCAAUCACAUUCGUUCCGAUUAACGGACUGGAAUAGGCAUACAUACAUAGAAUAUGUACAUGCUUGUACUCCGACAGGGAGCUGGACACUCGGACCAGUUCAAGUUGGCCGCUGCAUUUCUGAACACACUGGAUGCAGUACUAACUGUACAAAUAUCCUGAAGUGCUUUGGCGAUUCCAAAUCAGACAACCUAUCACACGACUAACGAG